UUGAUCGUUUUCGGCUUUCGCAUUUGUGCUGCUAAGUUCCUGAUUUUUUUCAAUAUGGAAGCUGUUGAUUUUACUAAAGAAAUUCCAACAUGGCUCAACCAAGACCUCUUCGACAAAGCUAUUCAAAACUAUGAAUCUGAUCCACAAGCGAAGGUCAACAGCUUUGAUCUUGUACCGGCAUUACAGCCUGGUCAGAACAUGGCAAGUGCUGUAUUCCGUGGAAAAGUCAAAUUUACAUCGAAAUAUUCUAAGGAUGAGAAGGAGAUGUCGAUGAUUAUUAAGACACAGCCUGUAACAGUCGAUUUGCCAUUUAUGGCUUAUAUGAAGGACACGACAUUGUUUGAAACUGAAAUUGGAGUUUACACAGAUGUUUUAGGGCGUGUCCAGGAAUUGAUUACGUCAGUUGGAUAUAAGGAUGUAAUGGCUCCAAAAUUAAUUUAUCAAACAAUGACUCCAAAGCCAGUCAUAAUACUUGAAGAUGUUUCAACUAAUGGAUUUGACACUGAAAUUUUGACAAUUCAUGAAGAUUUUGAGCUUUCAAAGCUUGUUGUCAAGUAUUUGGCUAAAUUUCAUGCUGCAACUUUUUAUCUGCAAGAUGAGCAGAAAAUCGAUGCAUCCAUCUUCAACUCAACAAUCUUUCAAUUCAGUGACAUGGGAAAAGCACUUAGUGCACAGGCAUAUGAACACUUUACUCAAAUGAUGCCUGAAUGGGGUGGAUUUGAUAAGUUUGUUGAACCAAUUAAGCAUUUUAAGGAAGUUUUUUUGGAAAAAAAUAUGAAGACGUACUCACCAAGUUCUGGACCUGGAGCCUGGAAUGUUUUAAAUCAUGGAGAUUUUCUGAUGAAGAACUUGAUGUACAAAAUGAAGAAGGAAGGCGAGGGUGUUGAUGACUUGAUGAUGCUCGACUUUCAAAUUUGCGUCUAUGCAUCUCCAGCCAUCGAUCUCAUCUACACUCUCUACAACUUUGUUUCAGACGAGGAUCGUCUAACUCGCUACGAUGAAAUCCUCUUCACAUACCACGAACAAUUUGUUGAAGCUCUCAAGAAGUUUGGAUAUCUAAAGCAGCCACCAUCUUUGCUUGAUCUUCAAGUUGAGAUGCUUAAGAAUGGAAAUUUCCAAGCACAUUUCGGUUUAGUGAUGUAUCCAUUCCUGAUCUUUGACAUGAAAACAUUAACAAUGGAAGAUAUGGCUGAUGGCAUGAAGGGAAUCGGCAUCAAAACUUACGGAAAUGAAAGAUUUCAUAAAGUUGCUAAGAAGGAACUGGAAGUAUAUUUGAUGAAGGGGUAUUUGGGGAACUAGGGUGUUGUGAGCUGGUUUCUAGGGCAACAAAGGAUGUCCUUCUCUGUUUGGCCUCCUUCUUGCUAUGCCUCAUACUAUGAUACUAUGCCAUAUCCUAUAAAAUCACUUCUAAUUCCAACGAUCACU